UGCCUCAGUGUUGGACGUGACUGGAUUGUUUUCCCUACUUUCACGUGACGUAGUUAACGGAAGGACAAAUUGAUUUAGCCAAAGGGCAGUUACAACUUCUGAUCCACUGUAUACCAACGAGGCACCGUGUUGCGAUCACAGGAAAAUCACGAUCCCAGUUGCAAAUAAAGAUGUAUCCACACACCCUGACGCAGUUGGACAGGUGGAAUCCUUUCAGCACUCCGUUCAGCGGCAUGCAUCAGAACGAGCAGCCGGUUCAGGGCGCACCAGAAGAGGCACAUCCAAAGCGGAAACUCCCGUCGGUUGACUAUGACACUUGCCUUUCAGAUGGAGAGGCUGGGGAGUUUGUGCACUGGUCAGAGGAGGUGCAGUGGUUUGAGGACCAGCUGGAGGAGAAGAAGGAGGGGGCCGUGGCAAACGGGAAAGCAUCGUGGCACACCACCCGCAUCCUCACCCGGGCAAUGGUUGCCAACAGCAAUGGCAUCCAGAAGGCGUUCGGACAACAGAACAAGGAGAUUAUCCCCAAUGGGAUCCAUGGCCCAAAAGACAUCAAGCUCUGGAUGCCGCUGUGGGCAAAGCUAGCUGGUUUCCUGGUCUUCGGUGUGCUGACUGGCUGCCUGCUCUACAUCUUCCAGGUCGAUGAGAUCGUUUCACCUCCACCCGUGGAGGAGGUCAUUCAAGAGCCUGAGGACACUGGCAUGUUUACGUGGGAGUGGAUUUCCAUCGUGGUGGCAGAAACUGUUGGCGAAUUUAUCUUUUUGACAAAAUCGUUGUUUUCAAUUUUUUUGGGUGGCUUUGAUUACAUUAUCGUAUAAGGUGUUAAUCGUGCAGUGGUCCUAAGUGGUGUACACCCAGGGAAUGGGUAGUCCUAACGUUGUACUACCAUUAUAAUUGUAAAUGUGCAGGUCAAGGUUCACCGGAAUGGACUUUUUUUUCAGUGUGGAAUGCAAACGUGGCUUCUGAAUGGUGGAAAAAAUUAUUUUAUAGAACUUUUGCAAGUGUU